AAGACAUAUUUUCCUUUAUUCCUUGGUUUAAAAUACCUAUAAUUGAUGAACCUUUUUAAAGAAGCAAAGUUUCAGCUUUCUCAGAUUAAUAAAUUAAAUGGAUAUUUAAAUGCCUUUAUUAGAUUGAAUAAAGAAAGCUAUAUUUUUGAAAGACUUAAUGAAUCAUGUAAGCGUUAUUCAGAAGGACGGGCACUUUCAUCUUUAGAUGGUAAAUUAGUUGCUAUUAAGGACAAUAUAUGUACAAAAGAUCUACAUACUACAUGUUCAUCAUAUAUGUUAAAGGACUAUAUUUCUCCAUAUGAAGCGACAGUUAUAACAAAAUUAAGAGAAGCAGGGGCAAUUAUUAUUGGGAAAACAAAUAUGGAUGAGUUUUCUAUUGGAGUUUCUACUAGUAAUCAACUUUUUGGUUCAACAUUAAAUCCAAUGGAUUUAAAAAUGCCUAGAUCACCAGGUGGUAGUUCUGGAGGAAGUGCAGCAGCAGUUUCAUCUGAUAUGUGUUAUAUUGCUUUAGGGACAGAUACAGGUGGAUCUGUUAGGCAACCAGCAUCAUAUUGCAAUUGUAUUGGAUUUAAACCAUCAUAUGGUCUUAUAUCUAGAUGGGGUGUAGUAACUUAUUCGAAUUCAUUAGAUACAGUAGGAAUUCUUGGCAAAAGUAUUAAAAGAAUAAGAGAAACAUUUAAUAUUUUAAAUAUAUAUGAUCCAAAUGAUCCUACAAGUUUACCUGCUCAUGAAAGGUUAAAGAUAAAACAAUUUAAUAAAAAUAAACAAAUAACUAUUGGAAUACCAUUGGACUUUAAUAUUUCAGAAAUUUCUCAAAAUUCAAGAGAUAUAUGGAAAAAAGCUAUUAAAUAUUUAGAAUCUAAAGGAUUUAAUAUAACAACUGUAAGAUUGCCAAAUAUAAAGUAUUCUCCUAUGAUCUAUAAUAUUAUUACAUCUGUAGAAGCAUCAUCAAAUCUUGCAAAGUAUAAUGGAUUAGUUUAUGGACAUUCAGCUAAUAUAGAUACAAAUGAAAAUAUAUUUCAAAAAACAAGAGAUGAGGGAUUUGGAGAUCAAGUUAAAAAAAAAAUUCUAAUAGGAACAUAUUUUUCAAUACAUAACAAUUACUUUAAAAGAGCUCAGAAAAUUCGUCGUCUUAUACUAAAUGAUUUUAACAAUGUUUUCAAUUCUUUUAAAAAAUAUUCAAAAACUAAACAAGAAAAUAAAGUAGAUAUAUUAAUAACUCCAACAACAAUUGGAUCAGCACCACUCAUUGAAAAUACACCUAAGGAAAUAUCUUUAUUAGAUCUAUAUCUAUCUGAUUUCUUUACUAUUUCAGCAAAUUUAUCAGGUAUACCUGCUAUAAGUAUACCAUUUUCAUAUGAUCAAAAUGGAUUACCCAUAGGUAUACAAUUAAUGGCUCAAUAUGGUUGCGAUGAUUUAUUACUUGAUGUAGCAGAAGUAUUUGAACUGAAAUCUUUAUAAUAAAUAAAAAUUAUUAAGAAAAUAUAAUUAAUUGAAAACUAAA